GCAAGGCUGGCUGCCCUGAGUUUUUUUGUCUAGUCAAAUAUGUGGCAAUAUAUUUAUUUGCUGGCCAACUGGCCCACUUCUACCUCGGCUCUAUAAUUGGGAGAGUCAAAGGUAUACUUUCCACAGCAGAGUCAAGCAAGCGGACCCCACAGCAGGAGCUGAGAAAACCUUGCAUUGUCCGCUCUCCACCACCUGAACUUUGCAGCAAACAAAACCUAAGCCAAACCAAGCCAUGCCUCUUGCCAGAGGUCUCCUUUUGCUCCUCAGCAUGGAUGUCCUGAGCGGAUUCCGUCCCAACCAUGAAUCGGGGGGCAUUGAUCCAGGGGACUUCACCGAUGCCGACAUCACAGAGAAGGGGGUACUGCAGGCUGUGGCCUGGUUCAUGGAGAUGGUUACCCUUCCCGGAAAACAUCCUAAGGCCCCAGGAGAACUCGCUGAUAAGAACCCGACUGAAUUGUUCAAGGCAUAUUUUGAAGCUGAUGUGUCUCCUGAUCGGUUCAACAAAGCUGUUCAGGAAAUUAUCAAAGGAAAUAACCAAGUGGAGGUCCACCAUGCAGAGGACAGCAGCUUCUUCUUCCACUGUGGAGAGAUUGCCAAAAGUAUUGCCCAGCUUCGAGCCCUGAGAAAAGCAAUGCUAGCCAGUCUGGCUGAACCUGUGACUUUAGCAGGCUUGGAGGCAGCUCGCAUCAAUGCCGGGAAAGCCCUCCAUGUGCUCCAGAAAUUCUACAGCAACACCAAUUGGGUUGAAAUGGGAAACAGUGACCCUUAUGAAUUCCUGGUAAAUGAAGACAGUGGUGUUGUACCCAUUGCCCCUGCUUCUAAAGCAACAUGCAAAGACUGUGUCAAGGAUGUCAGUGGUAUGUACACAUGUAAAGACAACAUACUCGUGAAGGACAUGAUUGUAAGCGGGUACAAGAUAUCAGCAACUUGCAAGACCAAACCACAAGGCAAAUGUAGCCAUGGUGGGAAAGAUGAUGCCACCCAAGACAUCUACCCUACUGGGGGCAUCAACAAAGAGACCUCUGACCCCAAGCUCUCUCCGCAUGCUGACUUGCAUAAGAAGGCAGCUGAAUUAGCCAUCCGAGCCACAAAGGAGUUCUUUGUAGAAGCGGAUGGCAGCCUCCUCAAUGAGGUGGGUGAAGAUAUUUUCCGGCAGUUUUUCAGCUUGGAAGGCUACUCUCUCACCUUUGUGAUAGAUACCACCAGCAGCAUGACUGAAGAUAUUGCCCAGGUCAAAGAAAAAUGCAUGGAAAUUCUCCACAAUUUUGCUAGCUUACCGGACAGACCCUUCAACUACAUUCUUGUGCCCUUCAAUGAUCCAGAUUACGGCCCAGCCUUUAAGACUCAGAAUGUGAAUGAGUUAAAAUCCUAUAUAUCUAAGCUGACUGUUGAUGGUGGUGGUGACUGCCCAGAAAUGUCAUUAAGUGGUUUGAAGGUGGCUCUGGAUGACAGUUUGCCAAGAUCCAAAAUCUACAGUUUUACUGAUGCUGGAUCUAAAGAUGAACAUCUGAAGGAAGUGAUCAAAAUCAACAUUGAUUCUACUCGGUCCGAGGUGAACUAUGUCCUCACAGGGAGUUGUGACAGUCGGAAACGCCGAAGCAUCACUAAAAGGAUCACCAGGGCUGCUGAGAGAAGUUAUGAAAACAUCUAUGAAGAGAUAGCUGCUUAUUCUGGUGGCUACUAUGUCAUGACCAGCAAAAGGGAACUCUCUCAGGUCCUGGGCAUAAUGGAGCUUUCUCUGAAUGCUGCCCCUGUGGAGGUGGCUCGUGCUCGUCUGGAUGGGACACGGUUCUCUUUCCCUGUGGAUGAGACUCUCACAGAAAUUACCGUCUCUGUCAAGAAGUUAGGCCCUUAUGGAUUCAGGAUGACCCUGCUGGAGCCUUCAGGUACCCAAGCGAGAAAUAUUAAGACCCUAAUUGACACUAUGGACCACAAGGUUGUGAAAGUAUCUCCUGUCCACGAGAGGGGUUCAUGGACUGUGACAGUCUCUCCUAGUGGCUCCUACGAGGUGGAAAUUGGAGGCAAGAGCUUGCUUGACUUUUCCUACCAGAUUAUGCAGAAGCAGAAAGAGUACAUGCUCCCAAUCCAGGGAAGACCUAUGAAAGGAUCAAAUUACACUGUCUCUAUGAAGAUGCUGGGAGAUACUGAAGGAGCUACACUCAAGCGGUUGGUCACUGUUUCUGAACAGGGGACCCCAAUGUGGUCUGUCUCAUUAAACCAAACCUCAGAUGCCCUGGGCAAUGUUUUGGCCAUUGCUCCUGUACCCUUUGAUGCCACAACAUCUCUACUGAGUAUUGAAGGCCUGUCUCCAAGUAAUCUUCCCUUUUCCCGAAUCAACACUAAUCCCGUCCAUACAGAGUCAGUGCAGAUCAUGCCUUUGCCAGGCCAAAAAGGCUCAGUGUCAUCUGGCAAGACCUUGGAGCUAUCCGUCCUGGUGGUGAAUGAUGGGCCAGCAGCUUGGUACACUUUCAAGGUCUGGGAUGAUCUGAAACUCCUGAGGAGCUUCACACCAACAACCCAUUAUUUAAAGCCAGGGCAGAAUACCAUCCUCACUGCAACCUUUGCAGCACCCGUGGGACAAGAUAGGUUUGCCACCAGCACUGCGACAUUCAUAGCUCAGAGCUCUGCAGCUCAGAACUACCUAAAGCUGCCCAUCAUUGUCAUCCCUGAGGCAGCCCUGGAAACUGAUACAACCCCACCAGUCCAACAACCAGUACAGCUCAAGAUGCAUGUGCAGAAGAAGCCACUCCAACCUGACUGCUCUCGGCUCAUUUGGCGCAUAACUUCUGCUAAGGAUGACCACAGUGAUGUCAGUGUUAAAGUCAGCCCGAAUCCAUGUGUGUCUUGCCGUUCAUCAGGGACUGAUGGUGACAAGGAUAUUAUCUGUGACUAUAGGUCAAACUGCUGUACACCUUCUGCAGAGAUCCUGGUCAGUGAUGGAAAUGGGAAUGCAGAUGCUUUCACUGUGGAUUACAAUACAACCCUCCCUACAGCAGCCAGUCUUGACAGGUGACCUGCAUCACGUGAAUAUCCUUGCAGCCAUUAGACUACCACAGAUCAUAACUGGAUUCUUGGUGCCAUUUGAUCUGGGAAGGAGAGACUAUCCAGAACCUAAACCACCAUCUGGUAGCAACAUACACAUCUGCCAUUUCCAUUGUACAGAGCCAAAUAAACUUCAGAAAGUAA